AUGGAAACAAGCAAUGGGAGCUCUGGAACAGACUUCAUCCUUCUGGGGUUCUCCAGUCGGCCGCAGCUGGAGAGAGUCAUCUCCGCGGUCGUCUUCCUCUUCUACCUUGUGACUCUGCUAGGAAACACAACCAUCAUCGUGCUGUCCUAUCUAGACGCGCAGCUCCACACGCCCAUGUACUUCUUCUUAUCGAACUUGUCCUUCCUGGACCUCUGCUACACCACUAGCAUCGUCCCCCAGAUGCUGGUAAACCUCUGGGGUCCACAGAAGACCAUCACAUUUGGAGGGUGUGUGCUCCAGUUCUUCAUUGCCCUGGACCUGGGGGCCACGGAGUGUCUCCUGCUGGCAGUGAUGGCCUACGACCGCUACGCGGCUGUCUGUCAGCCCCUUCACUACACGGUCAUCAUGCAUCCUGAGCUUUGCCAAAAGAUGGUGCUCUCAGCCUGGCUGGGUGGUCUUGGCAGUGCCUUAAUUGUCUGCCCCUUGACUUUGAAGGUGCCAAGAUGUGGGCGUCGGAAGGUAGAUAAUUUUGUCUGUGAAAUGCCAGCAUUGGUCAAGAUGGCCUGUGUCUAUCCCAGAGUCAUUGAGAUUGUUGUCUUUGCCCUUGGAGUUAUAUUUCUCCUAACACCUCUGUCACUAAUUCUCAUCUCAUAUGGCAUCAUCGCUCAAGCUGUAAUGAGAAUUAAGUCAGCAGCAAGGUGGAAAAAGGUCCUUAAUACAUGUGGUUCCCACCUCACAGUAGUAACUCUGUUUUAUGGGACACUCAUUUAUAUGUACAUGAAGCCACAGAAAACCACAUCCCAAGAUGAGGGAAAGUUCUUCACUUUCUUUUACACAAUUGUCACCCCCAGCCUUAAUCCUCUGAUCUACACCUUGAGAAACAAAGAUGUGAAGAACGCAGUGAAGAGAAUACUGUGGACUAAGACACUUUGA